AGUGACACCGGUGUGGUAAACAAUGUGUGAUGCGAACAAGACCUAACUAAAAUCAUCCGGAGCUGCGCUCGGGUUCCCUCUGGCUGGCUGCUAAUGCCGGUCGAAGUGGAGAGGAGAGUAUCGAAAAAGGCGUGGCUAAUCGACUCUAUUAGUAUAAGUGUCGAUUUCGAACCAAUACAUGCUGAUGAGUUGUGGCUCACACGGAUUUUUAUCGGUUUGCCUUGUCAAGCAAGCACAGGCCAAGCAAGGUGAGUGCGGAAGAACACACACAGAGCGGGUGGAAAGGGGAAACCGAUUCUCCCGAUUUUUGGGAUCAUCAUAAAAACCGAUCGGUGAGCGCGCGCGAUUACACUCUCUAGCGCUCUCGCGAGUAACUCCGUGUCCGCUCGCACGCGCGUACGCGAGUGCACUUUCCUGAUGAUAUCCGCAGCAGUCCGCACAUGGUUCUCCCAGUGAGCGAGCAUAAAAACAACGACAUAAUGUGAUAUCAUAAUAAACGAAUCGAUGAAAGAGCUCACGCCACUCACGGCCGGCUUUGUUUACGGUUUUUCCUUUGAAUAAUUUGAGCAAGUGAGUGCUCGGAGCUCACUCACACUAUGUUUUGGUACUCUUUCCCACUUGCAUGCACAUUUCCAGGUGCUGCACUCGGUUCGAUUUGGGGAAUCGUGUUUGUGGAUGUAUUGGUGGAGCGCAAUUAAACGACGUGAUCAAUCAAACUUUGGGGACGAAUUGGCGAACACAUCACACCAGUUGGCCGUCCGUGUGUGGGGCUCGGUCGGGCUCGCGUGUGAGUGAAACAGUAGGAUGGCGAGUGUGAGUGAGGGUGAGCGAGCAGGGAAGUUGACGAACGCGAGCACUGUUCACGCUGCGGAUCAAUCGCGCGGAGCCCCAACGAGUCGAAGCGAGACGGGACGACGACGACAACGACGACGACGACGAUGGGGAGCAAAAUGAUAUCAAUAAUAAAAAUCACAACUCGCGUGCAUGUGUGGGGCUUGGUAGUACGAUGUGUCGUUGAGGGUUGACGAAGGGGAGGAGGGGUUCGAUUCGAUUUCUUUGUCGCGGGGAAUGAGGAGGAAGUUUCUACCAAGAAGCUGGCUGUAUUUGUGUUCGUUGAUGGUGGAUACACUCCGGAAGCAAUGGAAGGACGGAUUGGAGCACCAAACCAAAGAAGAAUGGUUCAGGGCGUCAAGACCGGAACGGCGAAGAAGUUUGCUUACACUGUUACGAGUACCUAAAUGUGUUUCUCACGGUUAAGUACAUUGGUGACCUUUCGUUACCGUAAUGUGCCAUAAGGUUUCCAAACCUUUUUGAGGAGAUACGAAGCUAUAAAAUGGGUGUUUCACCUAGCGGUUUCACGAAUGCAAUUACGAUGCACUUACCUAACCAGGCGUUGCUUAAUCAUGUAGAAAGUAGCAGAUUUUUACUACUUGUACCCCCUGUUAAUGGAAUUGGACACAUGCUUUUGCGUGAGCCCGGUAGUCUAAAGCCAUCUUGAACUGGUCCGACCAGUUAGUCUUUUAGUAGUUUAGGGUCUACUAAGAUGAUGCAGUUCACUUCGGUUGGUUGUGGUUUGGUACUGUUGGCCAAUCGAAUCCAUGGAUACAAUCCGCUUUUAGUCGAGCAUGAUUAUUCUGAGGAGAACUUCGGAUCGGAGGAGCUUGGCUUCGAUUUGGCUCACGAACAUGAUCAUCAUCAUUAUCACUACCACCAAACUCCGCCUCCUCCACGGGUUAAGAUCGUGAAACAAUUCAUCCCUGCGAGGCCACCGUCUUCACCUCUCGCGAUACAGAAGGUCGACCUUACGAAGAACUCACUGGCCAGCUCCGGUUCUGGACUAUCGCAUACUUUAACAGCGAUAGUUCUAGCCCUGACAGGACAACUAAUCGGAACGUUGGCCUUUCUUGUUGUGACGAAGCUGCUGCUCGGAAUAAAGGCCAUUCUUGUGACGAAUACCGUCAGCUUGGGGUUGAUACUCUGGAAACACCUGAAGAAGAUGAAGAGAAAGAAACACCGGAAGAUGCAUGGACACAAAGCCCAAAAGCAGAAGAAAAAGAAGCACAAGAAAAAAUGCUCCACCUGGAAAUUUGCAGCGGACUCGAUGACUAAAAAACAGAUCAAGCAGCUUUUGAAAUUGAUGGAAAAACGCCAAGAUAAAUCCGAAUGGUUUUAAGCUUAGCUUUAGGUUGGUUGGUAAUAAAAAUUGAUUAUUCUUAACUACAAAAUUCUCCUAAACCCUCGAUGACAGCCAUCCACGGUCGCCAUUUAUAACGCUCGAAAGAGAAUAAAAUUGCGAAUUUUGAUGCAAAUUCGCAUCGCAAACGGCGAAAGAAACUCGCUC